AUGACCAACACCAUCCAUGGGAGGUUCCGUAUAGAUAAUAGGAGCAACAAGGCAAAAAAGCAGUGUACGGGAUUGAGGGAUGGCCAGGAAGUCUUCACCUUCAGAAGCAGUAAUAAUCAGCAGGUAACCACCAGUCGAAAGUCCGUUACCUUCCUAGAAGAGGAAGAGGAGAGAAUAAGGCCGCACGAGGAUCCGUUCCUGGUAACGUUGCAGCUCGAUCACUAUAUCACGAAGAAGAUCUUCGAUAAUACGGGAGCCUCAGUCAAGGUGUUAUUUAGGAGUGCCUGGAAAAGACUGCAUCGAGGAAGCAACAAGUUGAUGCAAGACCAUGAGCCGUUGAUCAGCUUCUCGAGUGAUGUUGUUCAUCCCCUCGGUUCAGACAGCUUUAGAGUAAGCAUGGAAGGCCGAGAGGGAGUCGCCCGAGCUACAAUAGAAUUUAUCGUUGUGGAUUGUGAGUCAUCCUACAACGAGAUCUUGGGAAGGCCCGCUUUAUGGAAGCUAAAGUCGUUUGUUGCCGGUCAGAUGUUGAUGAUGAAGCUCCCAACCCUAAUGGGAAUCAUUACGAUCCGGGGAGAUCAGAGGGCGGCAAGGAGUUGUUAUGCGAUAGACAACGAGAGGAAAAGGUCAGAGGUUCUGUUGGCAAGCCAGGCCGCAGCAUCCCCCUCGGAUCCUUACAUAGAUCCUAGAGAAGAUACCAACUCAGAUGAGGAGCGUCUGGGAUCAGCGGAAGAAACGGAAGCGGUAUCAGUCUCAGAUGAGUUCUCGGAUCGACAAGUGACCAUCGGGACGGGACAGGCACCCUGUGUGCAAGAGGCCCUGGUAGACUUCUUGAAGAGAAACAGUGGGGCAUUCACUUGGACGUAUAGGCACAUGCCCGAGAUAUCAUGUGGAAUCGUAACACACCAGCUAGGAAUCCAGAAAGGAUCCCCUCCCGUGCGGCAAAAGCGAAGAACGUUUAAGCCGGAGAAGUAUGAAGCAAUGAGGGGGGAAGUGCAAAAAUUGAUGGACAUCAAGUUCAUAAGAGAGGUUAGAUACCCCCAGUGGCUGGCCAAUGUGGCCAUGGUUUUAAAGAAGUCAACAGGACAAUGGAGGAUGCGCGUGGACUAUUCGAAUCUCAACAGGGCAUGCCCAAAGGAUAGCUUCCCGCUCCCACGCAUAGACCAACUGGUGGACUCCACGUCCGGAUUCGAAUUGUUGAGCUUUAUGGAUGCAUAUGCAGGCUAUAACCAGAUCCAGAUGGAACCGAAGGAUGAGGAGCACACGACUUUCACGACCAACAAGGGCCUAUAUUGCUAUAAAAUAAUGGCUUUCGGACUGAAGAACGCGGGAGCCACCUAA